AUGGAGCACCUCGCGCGCGCCCUGGCUCCUCGAUCUCGGAUAUACCACCUUAUGGCCGAAGGGAUGUCUUUCAAGAUCACGGUCACUCUCCGUGCAUCAAGAGUGGAGAAGUGGAUCCGCGCCAUCAAGAGGGACUUUCUCGACGCCGCACCAAUCAAGUGCGUCGGCUUGGACUGCGAGUUCACCGACCCACGCGAGGGUAAUCAGAGCGCCGCCGUCCUUCAACUCUCAGUGGCGACCGAGAAUUUGGUCUUCCAGAUUUGUUGGGCGGAUGAAGUGCCACAACUGCUGAAGGAUUUCCUGCAGGACAAGACCAUCCGAUUCUGCGGCGCGGCUAUCGACAAAGAUGUGGAAAUGCUGAGUCCCUACGGUAUUGAUGUGGAUUCAACCUUUAGUCCCGCCCUUUAG